ACAUAAGGUAUACAUGGAUAUAUUUUCUAAAUUAGUCAAGCUAUCGACUUUAAAACUUGUCAGCCGUGAGUCUUUCCAUUAUGUAUGCGUAAAUUCCCAGUACGAUAAAUUAUUUUUUCUUAAGGCUAUCAACAACUCGCCUUCCAGUAGUCUUGUCUUAACAUUUGCCGGAGUACGUUCGUGCGGUAUCGUUUACUGGAAAACGAAAUUGGACACAGUGAAAUGACUUUACUAUCUUAUUUGUCAUCAUAAUCAUCCUAAAAUUAAUCACAAUCGUUACAAAUAACAAAUUCAUAUACAUUAGUCAGAUUUUAAUAGUUUGUCCGGAAAAAGUGUGUGAUAAACUUUUCUUGCUUAUGCUCCUGUUAAAAGCGUUAUUAUAAUGCAGUAAUAACUUGGCUGCUGGACAUGAAGAAAUUCAACUUAAUUUUGUGAAUUCGAUGCAUCAAUAGUUCAACGAUGUAUAUACCAAGUAAGGUACUUUGGUGUUUCGUGCUUCUGUUUGUUGCUUCAUCCUCAGAGACUCAAGAAAAUUCAACGAAUGGCGAUAACCAAAGCGACAGUUCGACGGUGCAGUAUGAUCUCUUCGUAAACUCUAUGAAAUAUCGAAACAACAAGAUAAAGUCAACACGAUGUAUAUCAAGUGAAAGUUUUAUCAAGAAUGACAACAAAAUGGAAUAUGGGUCCUAUAUUAAUUCUACAAAGAACGACAGAAAAGAUGAUGAUUCGAAAUGGCAAUGUGAGUCUCGCAGGUCUAUCAUAAAAGAUUGCAAAGAAGGCAAUCAGAUUUCUAUGGAGUCUGCCGCGAAUUCUAUAGGCAUCAAUAAUUCCAUAAAAGAAAUUAAGAAUUUCUCCAGAAUUGAAAAAGAAAGCGAUUCCACAUCGUAUGAAAACAGAAAUUGCAAUAAAAACAAUAAAAUUCCAGAAAGUAUUAAAAUUGUUUCACAUAAAAUGUGUCACAACAUUACUUGUGUUCAGCUCUGUUGUCCUGCCCGUCAUUUCAUGAUGAUAACGGGCAAAUGCGUUGCUAAUGAAAGUGGUACUUACCAUUUGCCAAAGAUAUGCAAAUACAAGGACUGUCCCGAUGACCCAGUAUUUUCCGUGACUUUCCACGAUCCAUGCCUUUCACAAGAAUUAGAAAAAAGUAUGCUUCAUAAAAAUAAAUACCAUUUUCUCUCUAAUGGCUCUUUGCACCAAAGCUCUGGCAAAUUAAUUUCACCGACGUCUUACUGCUUAGCCAGUUUUAAUUUAAAGAUUUAUGAAGUAAUGGUCUGCAAUAAUCAGAAAAUGUAUCGGAAGAGAUUGUAUCCGAUAUACGUAUCCGCGUGUCUCCUAGUAUCUUUGCCGUUCCUGCUGGUGACGUUCGUGGUAUAUUCCAUAUUACCAGAGCUCCAAAACAUGCAUGGCUAUACAUUGCGUGCAUACAUAGCCUCAUUAUUUAUCGCAUAUAUAAUUAUGUAUUGUGGUCAACAAGUUUCCGAAUUACAACCAGUUAAUGACAAAAGAUGUUGCAUUAUAUUAGCAUAUAUUUUGAAUUUCUCUUUUUUAUCGACUUUUUUCUGGUCAAAUGUAAUAUGCUUCGACAUUUGGUGGAAAUUCAGAGGGCUCCGUUCUUAUCAAACAAGUAUGUGGCAAGAGAAAAAAAAGUUUUUAAUGUAUUCCAUUUAUGCGUGGGGAAUUCCGUUGAUCCUUAACAUUAUUUGUGCCAUUGCAGAUAAUGUUGUUGAAAUAUCAAAAGAUUUGAAGCCACAAAUAUGUACGAAAAAAUUUUGGUUCGGUGGGAAUUGGGCAAAAACGAUAUAUUUUCAUAUACCCAUGAGUGCUACUAUUAUUAUUAAUAUUGGUUUCUUUAUCGCUAUAGCACUAUCAAUUAGGUAUCAAAAUGUACGUGCAGCCAAACAGCUGAGACAGUCGGAGAGCAAGUGUCACAAUGAAAAUAAGCAAAGGUUUAAAAUGUACCUGAAGCUGUUUAUAGUGAUGGGAAUAAGUUGGAUUAUAGAGAUACUAGCAUGGUUGAUCAAUUCUGUGCCGUCAUAUAUUUGGUAUCUCGCUAAUAUGUUGAAUAGCUUGCAAGGUCUCAUUAUUUUUUUCAUAUUUGUACGUACGAACAAGAUAAAGCAACAGCUGCUAAAACGAUACGGCGGGCAGAACAGCGGUUUAUUUGGUAAAAGUUCAAUGUAUAAUGAUAGAAUAUCCUCAAGUAUUACUACCACAUCGACAUUAGGUACGGGACCUAUGCAAGAAAUGGAUUCCAUUAAUCAACAGCAAGUCUCACAGCGUCUUAAUCUUGCUCAUAGUACUGAAACGUAAAGGAAAAAUUUAAUUAUGAACAAAUUAGUUACAUUAUAUUGUACGUUCUUUUUACAGAAACAACAAUGAUACAUAAUAUUUAAUUAAAAUGUUUUGUAAAAUGGAAUUUAUAUGUAUUAUUAUUAUAAAUUGUUAAUUAAUAAAUUUAAACUACAAUUAUGUAUUUUGUUUA